AUGAAUCGUACCCAAGGUGCUAAUUUAUAUGUUAAGAAUCUCGACGAUGCCAUUGAUGAUGCCAGAUUAAAAGAAGAAUUCUCCAAAUUUGGCUCUAUUACCAGUGCUAAAGUCAUGUGUGACGAAAAAGGUGCAUCCAAGGGAUUUGGUUUUGUUUGCUUUGCGACACAGGAGGAAGCUAGUAAAGCGAUUAACGAAAUGAGCGGACGCAUUAUUGUCUCCAAGCCGUUAUAUGUAACAUUUGCUCAACGCAAGGAAGAACGCAAAGCUUUCUUGGCUUCACAAUAUAAUCAUCGUGUUGGUUCU